CGGGGGCGGAGAUGGGCCUCCGGAGGUCCCGGGGAACCUGACCCGGGGUUUGGCUGGGGUCCCGGACUCUCGAGACGUCAGGCAGACCUGGUCGUCCCAUCGGGCGGCCGCUGCGCGCGGGGCCGGGGUUGCUCCGAGGAGCAAGGGGAGAUCCUGUUUUCGCACACCUUCUUCCCGCUCUCGUGGCCGAACCUCCGGCCUCUGUCUUGGGGAGAGAGAGCAGAGAUUGUCCUUCCCAUCCAGGCCUAAGGGCCUGGCCCUUCCGGCCUCGGGAGGGUGCGGGAGGGAGGGCCGGGAACCCAGCCUUCAGUUCCGAGAGCGGGCGGUCUUUUCGCGGCCAUCAGAUUUGUUUACAUGUUUCCCCCAUCGCUCGGCCCCACCUUCCACUCCCGGUUACGGGGCACAGAAGUGCCCGCCUCGGGAGUGGGGGGCUUAGAAGGAUGGCUCAGGCGUUUGAUCGAUCUUUGGGUUCUCAGGGCCAGACGGGGCGCCUUCCCCAAUGAGGGGGCACAGUAAUUCCGUGUUACUCACAAGGGGGAAUGACAGUGGACCGUUGUUGUUUCUUAACCAAUGAGUAACUACGCAAGUUUCUUUCCUAUCUACUCCCAGAGUGACCUUGUUCAGGUGGUUUCACCUCUCUGAAUCUGUUUCUCCACUGGCAAAGUAGAGCUGACUAAAUUGCUUUAAAAGAAUUGAAGCUACAAGAUGGCUGACCAGGAUCCUGGGGGCAUUAGCCCCCUCCAACAAAUGGUGGCCUCGGGCACUGGGGCUGUGGUCACCUCCCUUUUCAUGACACCCCUGGACGUGGUGAAAGUUCGCCUGCAGUCUCAGCGCCCCUCGACGGCCAGCGAGCUGAUGCCUCCCUCCAGACUCUGGAGCCUCCCCUACGUGAAAUGGAAGUGCCUCCUGUACUGCAAUGGGGUCUUGGAGCCCCUCUACUUGUGCCCGAAUGGCGCCCGCUGUGCCACCUGGUUUCAGGACCCCACCCGCUUCACUGGCACCGUGGACGCCUUUGUGAAGAUCGUGAGACACGAGGGCACCAGGACCCUGUGGAGCGGCCUCCCAGCCACCUUGGUUAUGACUGUGCCGGCCACUGCCAUCUACUUCACCGCAUAUGACCAGCUCAAGACCUUCCUUUGUGGUCGAGCCCUGACUUCUGAUCUCUACGCCCCCAUGGUGGCUGGCGCACUAGCCCGCUUGGGCACCGUGACUGUGAUCAGCCCCUUGGAGCUGGUGCGGACAAAGCUGCAGGCUCAGCACGUGUCCUACCGGGAGCUGGGAUCCUGUGUCCGAGCCGCCAUGGCCCAGGGCGGCUGGCGCUCACUGUGGCUAGGCUGGGGCCCCACUGCCCUUCGGGAUGUGCCCUUUUCAGCCCUGUACUGGUUCAACUAUGAGUUGGUGAAGAGCUGGUUGAGUGGGCUCAGACCAAAAGACCAGCCGUCUGUGGGCAUCAGCUUUGUGGCUGGCGGCAUCUCAGGGACGGUGGCGGCCAUCCUGACUCUACCCUUCGACGUGGUGAAGACUCAGCGCCAGGUCGCGCUGGGAGCGGUGGAGGCUGUGAGAGUGACGCCCCCACGCGCAGACUCCACGUGGCUGCUGCUGCGGAGGAUCCGGGCUGAGUCGGGCACCAGGGGCCUCUUUGCAGGCUUUCUCCCAAGGAUCAUCAAGGCUGCUCCCUCCUGUGCCAUCAUGAUCAGCACCUACGAGUUUGGCAAAGGCUUCUUCCAGAGGCUCAACAGAGAACAGCCUCUGGGCUCUUAGAAAGAGCCAGGGGACAAGGACCCCAUCUCUUCCGUGGCUGGGGAGUGCCGAAGGAGACUGAGCCAAGUGCCUUGUCCUCAGCACUGAGGGGAGGGGCCUCAUUUCCCAUCCCCCUCAACUAUGAGUCCUAGGGGUAGGGGCUUGCCCCUCGAGGCCCAGGCCCCUUCCCAAAAACCGCUUUUUUCCUGCUGUUUUUCUCAUUCCCAAGCCCCAAGGAUAAUCACUUUUCCACCACCACCCCUACCCCAAGUUCAAGACCAAAUCUGCUAUUUGUCCCCUCCCUUGCCACCGUUUCCCUGUGUGUUUGCUGUAGCGGUGUCUGCUCCUGAGGGCCACCAAACCCUGGGCCUGGUGUAGUCUGCCCCCGUCCCUGUGAAUUCCUUGAAUCUAAAGACGAUGAACCUCUCA